AUGACGGAGACCGUAACCGUGGUAACUACAGCCGUCAACGGCGAUUCGCAACGAGUUUUAGGCAAUAAACGCGUUUUAGCUUAUGGAUAUCACGAUCACGGUCAGAUUUUCAAUAGAUGGGUCGUAAAUCAGAAUAGAAGGAGUGGUAAACUAGAAGUCAGGAUAAAAUUAGAUGACAAGGAUAAGAGAUUGUUAGAACAUAUUCACAAAUUAAAGGCUAAAUUAGAGAAAGAAAUUCAGGAUCUUAAAAAUGAUAUCUCCGAACUUACGAAAGAUAUGGAGGUAUUGGAAGCUACUUUUACGGAAAGUGAUAGUAAAAAUAGUGCAAGAGCAAGUGAAUUACACAUUGGAAGGAAAAAAUUUAAUAUGUCAGCACCGAAGGGUAUCGAUUAUUUAGAAUCUGUUGGAUUAUUAAAUCAUACCUGUCAAGAUAUUGCGCAGUUUUUAAGUAAAAUGGAGGGCCUUAGUAAAAUACAGAUUGGAGAGUAUUUGGGAGAGAACAAAGAAUUCAACUUAAAAGUUCUGAAUGAAUUUGUUCGUAUACAUGUCUUUUCGAAUUUGUCCUUGGUAGAUGCAUUAAGGCAAUUAUUGGCUAGCUUUCGUCUACCUGGGGAAGCUCAAAAGAUUGAUAGAAUGAUGGAAUGCUUCGCCCAGCAUUAUUGUACUAGUAAUCCUGGCGUAUUUACAAAUUCUGACACUUGUUAUGUAGUGUCCUUCUCACUAAUUAUGCUCAAUACGACCUUGCAUAAUCCAAGUGUCAAAGAAAAGACGACACUUGAGCAAUUUAUUUCUAUGAAUCGUGGUAUCAAUAACGGUGGCGAUCUUCCCAGAGAGCUAUUAGUCACUUUGUUUGAAGAUAUUAAAAGUAAACCAUUUAAAAUACCAGAAGAUGACGGAAGUGAUUUAACUUAUACGUUUUUUAACCCUGAUCGAGAGGGUUGGCUUGUGAAAGAAGGUGGUAAUUAUAAGUCAUGGAGGCGUAGAUGGUUUAUUUUAACGGAUAAUUGCCUAUAUUAUUUUCGAAAUACAACGGAUAAAGAACCACGCGGUAUUAUACCUUUAGAGAAUCUAAAUGUUCGCGAUUGUCCGGAUUCUAAGCGCCCCUUCUGUUUUGAAAUUUUUUCCUCGGGGGUUAUUAAGGCUUGCAAAACUGAUUCUGAUGGUCGUGUUGUAGAGGGUAAUCAUAGUGUUUAUCGUAUUGCUGCUUCGAAUGUUACUGAAAAAGAUGAGUGGAUGAAAUCUAUUCAAGCUAGUAUUAGUAAUGAUCCAUUUUAUGAAAAAUUGCGUGCUAGAAAAAAGAAGGCUUCUAAUGCAUCUUAA